AUGUUUCAAUGGUUAAUUGAACCUACAACCUAUUUGAUGUUUGCUAUUGCAUUGACAAUCAUCUAUGUGGGUUGUAAAAGAUCUUAUCACUUUCAUGCUGAGAAUGAUAUUCAAGAUCAAUUCGAACAGAUACCUAAAUAUGUAUAUUUAUUGAUGCCACUAUUCAGUUCAAUUGUAUUACUUGCUUUCUUUUACUAUUUGAAUGAAAUGUACACUAUUCUAAGUUUUAUGACAUCAUGUCUCUCGGUAUUCGCUGUAGCAUUUGUAGUUUAUCCAGUAUUCGAUUAUCUAUCAAUUUCAUCUACACUCAUUAAAAAAAUUAAAUUAGGUGAUGAUACAGUUGAAUUUACAUUUAAAGAAUUAUUCUCUGGUAUUGUUGGUUUGAUUUUUAUGUUGUCUUGGAGAUAUACAAACAAUCAUUUCUUUGUAAAUGGAAUCACUUCAUUAACAUUUUUAAGAAUUAACUCAUUGCUUACGAUAUCAUUGUUGUUAUCAGCAUUCUUAGUAUAUGAUGUAUUUUGGGUAUUUCAAUCAAAAACCAUCUUUGGUGAAAGUGUAAUGGAAUCAGUUGCAAUUAAAGUUAUUAGCUUACCAAUGUCGAUAUCAUUGCCGUUGUGUCUCUCCGAGGGAUGGACAGGUCUCGGCAAUGGUGAUAUUGCACUGCCCGGUGUUUUCAUAUGUCAACUCUAUAACCUUGACCUCUUCUAUGGAUUUGCUCUCAAUCAAAAGUCAGAGCCAUACUCACCCAGAAAGAUGGGAUACUUUAGACUAUCGUUGGUAUUCUAUUUGGUUGGCUUGCUCGUUUCAUACACAGCCGUAUCGAUAUCAAAGAAAGGUCAGCCAGCUUUAUUAUAUAUUGUGGUAGCAUAUUCUCGUGGUCAUUUACAAAAACUUAUGAAGCCUUUGCCAUCCAACCAUUUUAAUCAACUUAGAAGUAACACUUUAGCUGAGGAUACCAUACCCAUGGUCGUUCAAGAACGUUCCAUUCAAAUAGUUAAGAGUCAGUGUGAUUUUGCUCAUAUUGGAACACUUUUCCCACAUUUGGCCACAUUUAAUAAGAAGAAAAGAAAAAAUUUAAAUUAA